UCGAUCCAUUCGGAUGUGCAGAACGUAUGUUUGAGAUAUUAAAAUAACAUUCAUAAAAUUGUUGAAGACACUGCAUUGGAAAACCACUAGGGCAAGUCGGUGUUACGUGAAACCCGGAAGCCUUCGGCAUUUGAGACAGACACAAAAUAUUAGCAUAAAAAUGAGCUGCCAGGAAAACGAGGAGGAAGCGGAAAUCAUCGAAUCGCUUAACAACGGUAUUGAUUUCAUUGAAGAACCAUUCGAAUGUAGCACUUGCUUCAUUCUAACAGGACCAACUGGAGUAUUCCUGCUUGAUUGCGCACACUGUUUCUGCAUCAAUUGUGUAACGGAUCUAUUUAUCGGCACGGAUGAUGAGAUCAUUACCUGUCCCAGUCAGGUGAACAAUGCAACAUGCAAUACAACAGUAUUUCGUACGGAUGUUGAAAAUCUCCUCGGCGAAGAAAUUUACAAUGCUUAUAGAGAAUCGAAGCGUUCAGAAGACCACAUGCAAGCAAUGAUUGAUCAUUUGAAGUUGAUGGAAUUGAGUGAUGCCAAUAUAGUGCCAAAUAACGAACCGUUCGAGUGUCCCGUUUGCAUCACCGACAUUGCGAAGGAUCAAGGCGUUCUUCUACGUGACUGUUUCCAUUCCUUCUGCCGCGAAUGCCUCAGCCGAACUGUUAUACAUGCCGAAAGUGUGAUCGUGCGCUGUCCUGCCAUGGUAAACAAUGAAAGCUGUGAAACUAUAAUCCGUGAUCCUGAAAUUAAAUGCUUACUGAGCGAGGUGGAUUAUGAAGCUUAUCUGAGCCGAUCGCUGAGGACAGCUGAAGCCAGUAAUAUCAAAUCUGUUCAUUGUAAGACGCCGGAUUGCAUUUUCUGGUGUGAACUAAUGGAUAACGCUACGUCAUUUGACUGCCCUGUUUGUAGAAAGGUCAAUUGUGUAAAAUGCAAGGUGAUACACGACGGAAUAACUUGCAAAGACUACAGGAACAAGCUUGUACAGGACAAAGCUAACAGUAUUUCGGAAGAGGAGUUGGAAAAACAGCGGGCCGCCGGUACUGUUAUGCGUUGCCCAAAGUGCAGCGUUUGGGUUACGAAAACAGCAGGAUGUGACUUCAUGCGGUGUAGCAUAUGCAAAACCGCUAUAUGCUGGGCAACACGAGGACCCCGUUGGGGACCAGCCGGAGAUGGCGAUAACAGUGGAGGCUGUGGCUGCCAAAUCAGUAAAAGGUGCACUCCUACGUGCGGGGGAUGUCAUUUUUAAUUGAUUUACUAACGACCUCCAGGGAUCGCAAAUCGCUGGAGAUGACAAGGUUGAUCCUUGGUCAGUUUUUUGACGCUAUUUGGAGAAUGUUUAAAGUGCAUACCCUAAUAAUGCCAGAAAUAGUGAUGAUACCGGUCCCAAGCAUGUAUGCUUGUUCAAAAGGACGUGAAUCGUGAAUGUUUAUACUUUGUUAUGCCUGUAAAUUAAAGUACAACUCAUGAUUUCGCGAGAAUUUUGUAUACGUUGUUGUCGUGCGUCUUAUCGUUGGGCUAUUCAUGGGAAAGCCAUCAUACUAAUAUGAUAUUCUAAAAAUGUUGAGCGUUUGUAUUUAAAUCGAUAUAACUUAAUCUCAGUAGUAGUUUUUUGUACCAUAAUGAUAAUGCUGUCAAGUUAGUACAAUUGUUAUUCGAAUCAACUAACAAUUCAAAUCAGUACAAGUGAAGAAGUUUUUAGAUACACACCGAGGCGCUGCAGGUUCGCCAUACUACAGCUUCUGAAAAAAGUUCUGGGCUAUUUAUACAAAUGAAUGCCAAUGAAAUU